GUGCAGCACGACAUCUUCUCAGCUCAGCCAGUCCUCCUCUCACCACUCUUGCCCCCUCACCCGCCCCCCUUGAGCAUCACCUCGAGGUCUUCUAGCCGCUCUCCGCCCAACAACUUUACACUCACAGCCUCCCCACGAACCUUGCCAUCAUGCCAGGUGGUGGUGUUGUCCCCGUUCUGACGACCAAUGCUGGUCCCGUCAUCAAGCCCAAGACGAAGAAGCAGGCCAUCCGCGCCGUCUUGGCCUCCAGCUUCAUGGCCAUGGGAGGUAUUCUCUUCGGCUACGACACUGGAACCAUCUCCGGUAUCAUUGCCAUGGAGAAGUUCAAGGAAGACUUUGGUACUUAUUACCCCGACAAUGUGCCCACCAACACUUCGCCGAUUCCUCAGCCAGGAUGGUCUCUCUCGACCGGAGACACUUCGCUUGUGGUCAGCAUCCUAUCUGCAGGUACCUUUGUUGGAGCGCUCUGCGGCGCGCCUAUCGCCGACACUCUCGGCCGUCGAUGGGGUCUCCAAGUGGCCAUGGUCGUCUUUUGCGUCGGUGUCAUUCUUCAAUUGAUCGCUCAGGCGCUGCCUCUCUUCAUCGUGGGAAGAGUCGUUGCCGGUCUCGGUGUUGGUAUCGUCUCUACAAUUGUUCCCAUGUUCCAAGCCGAGACGGCUCCUCGCUGGGCACGUGGCGCCGUCACCUCUGGUUACCAGUGGGCCAUCACCAUCGGUCUUCUCUUUGCUGCGCUCGCCAACAACGGCACUAAGGACAGGACGGACACCGGCUCCUACCGUAUUCCUAUCGGCGUCCAGCUUGGCUUUGCCUUGAUUCUCAGCUUUGGUACCAUGCUCCUUCCCGAGUCUCCUCGUUGGUUCGUGAAGAAGGGCAAGAUCGAGCAAGCCGCCAAGAGCCUUGCCACCCUCAACGCCACCGACGUAGACGACGCUUGCGUGCAAGCCGAGCUUGCUGACAUUCGCACCAAUCUCGAAGUUGAGCUCACCCACGGCAACGGCACCUACCUCGACUGCUUCCGCAACAACGACCGCAAGAACCUCACGCGCACGCUCGUCGGCACAUGGCUCCAAGCAUGGCAACAAUUGACUGGUAUCAACUUCAUCUUCUACUACGGCACCCAAUUCUUCAAUAGCACUGGUGCUGGUGACCCCUUCAUCUUCACCAUCGUCUCCAAUGUUGUUAAUGUCGUCUGCACCGUUCCCGGUAUCUGGGCCAUGGACCGCGUGGGCCGUCGUAACAUUCUCGUCUGGGGUGCCGUCUGGAUGGCCAUCAUGGAAGGCAUCGUUGCAAUCAUCGGCACCGUCUUUGGAAACUCCAACCCUGCUGCUCAACGAGGUCUCGUCGCCCUCGUCUGCCUCUACGUCGGUGGUUUCGCCAGCACCUGGGGACCAGCUGCUUGGGUCGUCUGUGGUGAAAUUUUCCCUCUCGCCAUUCGUGCCAAGGCUCUCUCGCUUUGCACCGCUUCGAACUGGCUUUGGAACUUUGGAAUCGGAUACGCCACCCCUUACCUUGUCGACAGCGGACCUGGCAAGGCCGGCCUGGGACCCAAAGUCUUCUGGAUCUGGACCGCCACCUGCGCCCUGUCUGCCGUCUUUGCCUACUUUUGCAUCGUCGAGACGAAGGGGCUCUCUCUCGAGGAGGUCGACAGCCUCUACUGCACCACCUCUCCUCGUCUCUCUGCUGCUGCCAACAGAGAGAUGCGCGCCAGACGCUCCGACCUCGAGACCGUCGGUGCUCACAUGGUCAGCGACGAGGCUGCCGAGGCCGACGCUGCCAAGCGCGACGUCGAGUACGAGUCCAAGACCGUGGACGCUUAACAUGCGAACGCGGUUCAUGUGUUCGUCGACUGCGACAACUACAACGCAACCAUUGCUCCCCCUCAAAAAAAUACGACCCGUCACGAAUACCGCUUUGUGCUCGCUACCCCAUAUCUGUCACGUCUCUUGCUAUUCCUGUCACGAUUGAAAAUUUGGAUGUUGUACGCUUC